GUGGAGGAAUGGCCGACGGCUCCCGAUCUGAAGAACGAGUGUGGAGGCACCGAGGUGGGCGGCAGAGAUGGGGCUGAGCAGCGCGGCGAUGGAGAAUCGACCGGGGGAGGGGGCGGGCCCCUGGAAGCCCUGGCCCGCUCGCUCUUGAGCGCGUGCACACAAUGUCAUUUGCAGAGUAAUUUCUGUCAAAGUUUGAGGCCAGUUCGAUCGGGUCUGAAAGAUCGGGAUGCUGGUGGGGUGGGGAAUACUGUGAAAGUGGACGGCCGCGCAUAAAGCUUUGCCUUUCGAGCUUACUAGCACUACUGAUACAGAAGCUGAAACACGAGUGAGGACUGAGGAGUCGGAGCGCAUGGUCGUCCUCUCUUCACAUCUGUUGCAAAAGCUCAAGAGGACGAAUGGCAGAGGACAAGAGCAGUAGCAUGGGGAACAAGGUUGACUACAUACGUGGUCAGCCACGUAAGCUACCGUACCAAUUUCUAAAAGAUAUUACGAAUGAUUUCGACGAGGCUCAAAUAGUUGGCCGUGGUGCAUACGGAACAGUUUACAAGGGUAUUUGUGAAAACGGUGAGGAGAUUGCUGUGAAGGUAGUUAAAAACAUGACAGGAUUUGAUAACAAGGAGUUUCACAAGGAGUUCGAGAACCUUAGGAGGCUCAAGCAUCAAAAUGUUGUUGAGCUAUUGGGGUUCUGCAAGGAAUCAGAGAAAGUUGUUGUAGAAUAUGAUGGGAAGACAAUUAUCGCUGACAAGAUGCAUACAGCACUCUGCUUCGAGUAUGUACGUAAUGGUAGCCUUGCCAAGCAUAUUUCUGCUGAUGGAUGCUCGGGACUUAAUUGGCAGAUACUAUACAAAAUAAUUAAAGGGAUCUGUCAGGGUUUAGAAUAUCUUCGGCAUGGGUUGGAGUUUCCAAUAUGGCAUUUGGACUUGAAACCUGCUAACAUAUUGCUAGAUAACAAUAUGAUUCCAAAGCUUGCAGAUUUUGGCUUAUCAAGACUCUUAGGCGAUGAAAACACAAGAAAGACCAUCAGUUCCGUCGGUACAGGCGGUUACUUGCCGCCGGAGUAUGUAGAUCAUGGACUAAUGACAAAAGAGUUCGAUAUAUUUGGCUUGGGUGUUAUAAUUGCAAAGUUAAUGGCUGGUCGUGAACGCUACUCCGAAAUUGAUUACAUGUCAGAAAAAAUGUUUAUUAAGCAUUUGGACGGGGAAACCAUCCAUCCCAAGGGAGGCCUCCAGGCUACACCUCCAGAAAUGGCCCCUGACACCAGCAGUGCUAAAACCGACGAUGGUAAGACAGGCACUGGGAGUGCAGAACGGAAGAUGUGGCCGCUACAACUAUGGAAGAAUAUUACGAAUAACUUCUCCAAGGACCGAAUAAUUGGCACCGGUUUAUUCGGAACAGUUUAUAAGAUCGAGUUUUUGGAUGAACUGGUUAGCUGCAUACAAUUUGAUAUUAUAUCUAAGACAAGAGAAGUACCCAGGAAAAUGGACUGGGAGACACGAUUAAAAAUAAUUAAAGGGGUUUGCAAUGGUUUACUCUUUCUACAUAGAAUUCCUAUUGUUCAUAUGGAUCUCAAGUCACAAAACAUAUUGUUGGAUAAUUAUAUGCGGCCGAAAAUUGCGGAUUUCGGUCUCUCGAGACUCUUUGGUCAAGAACAAACACUGGCGAAUCCACAAAAUGUCGUGGGAUCAUAUGGAUACGUAGCUCCGGAAUAUCUCUACAGGGGUGAAAUCUCCACCAAGUCAGACAUUUAUAGUUUAGGCCUACUCAUCAUGGAGACCAGCACAGGAGAGAAAUUUCUUCCCGCCGAGAACGACCCGUCUGGACUGGGAUUUAUUAAAAACGUGCGUGAUAAUUGGACAGAGGAGCGCAUAGCGUCGGAGUACUCGUGGUUAGAUGCAGAUUGCCGCAACCAAAUAAAAGCAUGCAUCGACAUUGGACUAGAGUGUGUGGAGACUGAUCGGCGUAAGAGACCUUCAAUAGAAAAAAUUGUCGACAUGCUAAACGGACUUUCACAGAUAACAUCUGAUGGCCUUCUCAGCCUGCAACCCGGGCGGAUAAACUUCCCUAUUGGGCCAAAGAGGUUGACCUCCAGCUCGCUUUACCUAAUGAACAACAGAGAUGAUCCUAUUGCCUUCAGGCUUGAAACCAAAUUCCCAAGGAGGUACCUUACAAAGCUGCCAUUGUGUGGCGUUGUCCCGCCAAAGUGCACCUACAUUCUCACUGUGAUAAUGCGCGAACAGAAGAAGUCGCCACCGUCGAACAGCGACGAUGGUCUGAUACUACAAAGCAGUAUUGCACACCAUGAGGACCUCGACAGUGUCGACCCAGCUUCCGUGGCCAUGUUCCUUGACUCUAUCGGCGAUGAGGUGAAAGUUCCGGUUGCUUGCGAACCACUAGCUGAAACUAUCUCUGACGACCUUUCAGCUGAGACCAAAAUCAUAGAUGGUCCUAAUUACCGGGAGGUGUUGUCUGUAGAUGACCAUCCAACGGAACCAUGGAUCUUGACAAGCAACAAGAGGGGUCAUGUUUGCAUUUGGAACUACCAAACUCAGGUGUCAGCAGUGAUCACCUUCGAGAACUACAAUUCUAAUAUUAUCUUCCCCGUUGCAGCAUAUUCGGCAAAAUUUAUUGAACGAGAGGGGUGGUUUGUAGUUGGUAGCGGCGAUGGGUGCAUCUAUGUGUACGAUUAUAUCACGAUGGAAGAUGUCGAAAUGAUCGAAGAAGCUCAUGAUAGUCAGCGCAUCAUGUUUUUGGCAGUGAAUCCAACUCAUUCAUUUGUGUUGUCAGCAUCUGAUGACCACAAGAUUAAGCUUUGGGACUGGACUAACGAAUGGCAGUGUACUCGAACUUUUGAGGGCCACGAUGACACAGUCACACAAAUGUGGAAUAUUCACUCUGGAACGUGCAACAUCACGUGGGAUGGCCAUCCGGGUGGUCUACUCUCUGUUCAUUACCACCCACGGUAUUUUCAGCAGUCUUUGAUUUGUGGAUCUUCAGAUGGUGACGCAAAGAUCUGGGACCUAGAGACAGACAGUUGCGUCGAUACCCUCCAAGGACAUGAAAAGGGUCUCAGUGCUCUUUGUUGGCACCCAGAACUUCGGGCACUAGUUACUGGUUCGCUUGAUGGGACCGUGCGAGUCUUUGAGCUGGAUGUGUCAUAG